CCAUCUCCUUUCCCGCGUCCCUAAAAUUCCUUCCGUCUUCCCUAACCCCUCACUCCCUAUUCCUUUCUUGCAACACUCUCUCAAAGACCCAUUCAAGCGCUUUCCCACCCGCUACCGCCUCUCAACUCUCCGAACAAACACCUCCGAGCUCAUUCCUUUUUCACUUUCUUUCUUGUUUUCUGCCCUGUAUCCAUUACGUGCCAAUUUUUUGACCAUGUCAUUUCUUUCUUUCUUCCUCAUUAUAAUCUUUUCUCUUCUCUCCUUCUCCGUUUCUCAAUUCCCUCCUCCUAGAGGUAUUUUAAUUAAUUGCGGCACCACCGCUUCUUCCAUAAUCGCGGGUCGUCGAUGGCUUCCGGAUGCCGGUUUCAUUUCCAGAGGCACUCCCAAGAAGCUUUCAAUGCCUGUCCUGGCUCCUAUCCUCUCCACCGUCCAAUCAUUCCCUCUGAAGAACAAUCUUCAUGAAAAGUUCUGCUACGUGGUUCCGGUUUUCCGCGGUGCCAAAUACUUGAUUAGGACUACGUACUUCUAUGGAGGGAUCAACGGUGAUGCUGAACCCCCAGUAUUCGAUCAGAUUGUGGACGGAACUUUCUGGAGCGUGGUGAAUACGACGAAAGAUUACACCAACGGCAUGUCGUCAUACUAUGAAGGGGUUUUUCUGGCUCAGGGGAAGACUAUGAGUUUGUGUAUCGGGGCAAAUUCUUACACGCAUUCGGACCCGUUUAUUUCUGCUUUGGAGUUUGUGAUUUUGGGGGAUUCGUUGUAUAAUUCCACAGAUUUUAAGCGAUAUGGCCUCAGCUUGGUUGCCAGACACAGUUUUGGAUACAAUGGAUCCGUAAUUCGAUACCCUGAUGAUCGAUUUGAUCGGUUUUGGGAGCCAUUUGGAGAAAAAGAUCCCACCAUAUCGAAAAACAAUAAUCUAUCAAUUUCCGGUAUAUGGAAUCUUCCUCCCUCGAAGGUAUUUGAAACGGAGUUGACGACAAGUCAAUCUGGUCCCCUGGAGUUGAGAUGGCCUCUGGCUCCCCUUCGGAACUCCAUUUACUACAUUGCUUUAUACUUCGCAGAUGAUCGUAAUUCAUCUGCCGUGCCUUCAAGAGAGUUUAAUGUCAGCAUAAAUGGGAUAACAUAUUACAAAAAUUUUACCGUCACACAUGUAGGCUCUUCCGUCUUUGCAACGCAGUGGCCUCUUGUUGGGCUUACUACUGUUACUUUGACUCCCUCUGCUGGUUCUAGUUCUCCUCCAUUGAUUAAUGGGGGAGAGAUUUUUGAGGUCAUGGUGCUUGGAGGAAUAACUCGUACAAGAGAUGUAAUCGCUUUGGAAAAACUGAAAAGCAGUCUCCGUAACCCUCCAGUUGACUGGAGUGGUGAUCCUUGUAUGCCUCGUCAGUAUUCAUGGUCUGGAAUUACAUGCUCCGAGGGCCCCCGAAUUCGUGUCAUUGCAUUGAAUCUGACAAACAUGGGCCUUUCAGGAUCAGUGUCACCAGGUAUUGCCAGAAUGACUGCAUUGACGGACAUCUGGCUUGGAAAUAACAAUUUGUCUGGUUCAAUUCCUGAUAUCGGUUCAUUAAAGUUUCUGCAAACAUUGCACUUGGAAAACAAUCAAUUCACCGGAGAGAUCCCUUCAUCAUUUGGAAGUAUUCAGAACCUGCGUGAACUAUUUUUACAGAACAAUAAUCUAACUGGUCAUAUUCCAAAUAGCCUUACUGGAAAACCUGGGCUGGACCUUAGGAUCUCUCCUGGAAAUCAGUUUUCAUCUCCAGCACCUUCUUGAGCAAACAAACUCAUUGCACUCAAGGCAAAGGUGACAAGGAAUCAAGGAUGCAUUUAUCACCAAACCUGAUUCCACUCAUUGAUUGUUUUUUAGAAAUCCAUAGAGCUUUGAAAAUUCUGCUGCUGAAAGCUUUCUCUGUUAUGCUGGAAGAUUUGCGGCAUCAGCUUUCUCUGGUUUGACCUUAUACGAGCUCCAUAAUUCACUUCAGGGAUCCCCAGAUGUAUGCUUAAAAGUAUUUAUUCAUAUGAAUAUCAAUUUUUUAUUUCUAUUUCUUUUAACACAGGAUAACUGUAUCAUGUCCUCAACCUUGGAUGUAAAUUACAAGUCCAUAUGCGGGUCAUUCUUUAUGGUGUAUUUUUCUUUUAUUUUCAUCAUGUAAUAUGUGGAAACAAAUGUUUCUAGAUUUUAUAUACAAUGGAAGGUUUGAUCAUUUGCAGCGGCUUAA